AUGGUAGCUUACCCACACUACAUUCACUACAUCCUCCCGGAAGCCCGUUGUGGCAACCGUGCUGCGGGCGAGCAGCUCCGGCGGCAUAAGGUGUGUCCACGCAAGGCGAAUCAAGGCGAGGAACGAGCAGGAGUACACAAUUUAGUGCUUCGGGGCUUGAAACGCCAAGUUCUGCACUCCCCCUCGCGGGGCGUGCAGUUUUUGGCACGUUUGGGACGGAAGAGGCAACAAAAACUGACUCCACCGCCCGGCACCUUCUGCGCCGGAGAGUGCACACGCUUGGCGGUUCGGUUUGGCAGGUUCGCGGUUCGCGAGUUUGCGGUUCUUGAAACCAGCAUUGCAAUUUCACCGGUUCCUCAGGAGUCGAUUCUGGUUCGCGGUUCCGGUUCGGUUCAUGUCAAGGCGCCCCGCUCGUUCAGAGUGCAAGCCCUCUCUCCUCUCCAGGUAGGCUUCUUGACAGAAGCGCGCGAUGCUAGCAGUGGGGACUGGCUGGUUGAACCACGGAGCGUGAUGAAGUACCUGCGCCACCUACAGGGCGAGGUUUCCGCGUUGCGCAGAGCGUUGCCCUUGGGCGAUCAGCUGCAAGACAUGUGGGAGGUUGUUUCCUCCAUGCAGUGCUCUGUGGACGUGGUGAAGAGCAAGACUGAGUCGAUGGAGCACCAGGUGAAAGACAUCACCGGGCACAUGGACUCCACACGCUUGAGCUUGCUCGACAAGCAGAUGC